AUGGCUGUCGAUCAAGAGCACUUCGUCCACCUCGCCCGGCCACUGGCGCCCACCGUGAUGGGUUUCGCCGCCGGCAGUGCCCCGCUUACCGUGAACAUCCAGCCCCAAGCCGUCUUCUCCGUCAUCGACCAUGCCACCCGCCGCGACAUCCGGGACACACAAUCCACAAGGGUGAUCGGCGCCCUGGUCGGCACGCGCAGCGAGGACGGCAGCGAGGUCGAGGUGCGGAGCACCUUCGCGAUCCCGCACACCGAGAACGAGGACCAGGUCGAGGUCGACGUCGAGUACCAGAAGAACAUGCUCGCGCUGACGCUCAAGGCCUCGCCGCGCGAGACCCUCCUCGGCUGGUAUACGACCUCGCACGAGCUCAACAGCUUCUCGGCCCUGAUCCAGAACUUCUUCGCCUCGCCCGAGACCGGCACGUUCCCGCACCCGGCCGUGCACCUGACCAUCUCGACCGAGCCGGGCGCCCCGAUCGAGACCAAGACGUACAUCUCGGCGCCCGUGGCCGUGUCGCCCGAGCGCGCCGCCGAGUCCUGCCUCUUCGUCGAGGUGCCGCACAAGCUGCUCUUCAGCGACGCCGAGCGCGCCGCGCUGGGGACCGUCACGGCGGCCGCCGAGAGCGAGACGCGCGCGGCGCCCGUCGCCUCCGACCUCGAGUCGCUCGCGCAGGCGCUCGAGGCCGUCUCGGACCUGCUCGAGCGCGUGUCCGGCUACGUGGGCGAGGUGCUGGACGAGGAGCGCGACGGCAGCCACGCGCUGGGCCAGUACCUGAUGAACGCGCUGUCGCUCGCCCCCAAGGUGUCCAGCACCCAGAUCGAGCACGACUUCAACAACCACAUCCAGGACGUCCUCAUGGUCAGCUACCUGGCCAACACGAUCCGCACGCAGAUCGACCUGGCCCAGCGCCUCGCCACCGCGCCGCUGGCCGGCAGCGACAAGGACGGCGGCGACAAGAGGGAGGGCGCCGGCGAGGACGGCGGCAAGCAUUACGACGGCGGGCGGUCCGGCGGCGGUGGCGGCGGCGCCGGUAGGGGCGGGAAGCGCGCUGGUCGGACCGGCGCUGGUGCGCGAGCCGGCGGCGGCGGCCAGCAGAGAGAAGCGAGGGAGCCGAGGGAAAAUGGCGAGUAG